UCACUUUUGCCCCCACCGUCUUGGCCUUGGCUUCCUAGGGCGAAUUCUGUCGCGGUCGAAUCCUGAGCAAGUUCUCGCCGUUCUUGAGCAAGAUCUCACGUCUUCCUCACUAUGUCUCAGGUAGAUAGCAGAAACUCUUCAGCAGCCAAGCGUGCCAGAACUGAUGGUAGUCGUAGGGAAGAUGAUUGGACCUGCCCUAGCUGUGGCAAUGUCAAUUUUUCAUUCAGGACAACUUGCAAUAUGCGUAAUUGCACUCAACCAAGGCCUGCUGAUCAUAACUCAAAAUCUGCUGCCAAGCCUGUGCAAACCCUGCUGGGUUACUCUUCCUCAGCUCCUUACUUAGCUUCUGGUGCGCCCUCUUCAAUGUAUCUAGAGGUGCCUCCCUACGGUUCUUCUAUUUUCAAUGGAUCGUCUAUGCAUCCGUAUGAUGUACCCUAUUCUGGGGCUACAGCAUAUCACUACAACUACGGAAGCCGCCUUUCUGCUGGCAGCCCUUACAGACCGCUACAUUUGUCUGGACCAACACCUUACUCAAGUGGAUCUAUGAUGGGAAAUGGUGGGAUGUAUGGUAUGCCCCCUCUGAUGGAUCGUUAUGGCUUGGGUAUGCCCAUGGGCCUUGGUACUAUGGGGCCAAGGCCAGGAUUUUUUCCAGUGGAUAAAUCUCCAAAGAAGGGUGCAGAUGCAACACGUGAUAAUGACUGGACAUGCCCAAAAUGUGGAAAUGUUAACUUUUCAUUCAGAACAGUUUGUAACAUGAGAAAGUGCAACACACCAAAGCCUGGAUCCCAGGCUGCAAAAUCUGACAAGAAUUCUAAACAAAAAAUGCCUGAUGGAAGCUGGAAGUGUGAGAAAUGUAAUAACGUAAACUAUCCAUUCAGAACCAAGUGCAACAGACAGAAUUGUGGGGCUGACAAACCAGUUGAGUCAAAUAAGUCCCCUUCACCAACCCCAGAUGAAAAUAACCAGUGAGUACUAGUACAUGUUUGGGUUGAGAAGGUCCACAGUUGUCGUCCAGCAUUGCUCAAUAUGGGUGUCUGAAAGUCAGUCUUGUCGUCCUCGUGUUGCUGCGGUUGUUGAGUUACUCUACCUUCUCACGACCUGUGUCAAGUUGUAUUAGCUGGAAUGGUAUCUAUGGUCUCUAUGAAUGGUUCUGAUUCAUUAUGUGUCAGCCAGCUUGAUCUGGCAAGGAUUUACAGGAUGGUUCUGGUUUCUGUAGUUAGGAUUUUAUUCAUGUGGAUUCAGCUCAUCUAUCCCAGUGGGUAUGACUAGAUAGUUAUUAGCGGUAUAAGGUUACUGCAGGCUGUGAUUUCUAGCUUUUAUUUCGUUCUACAUACUCUGUGUCGUUGAAGUAACUUUGGUUUUACAGAUGCUUCUGUUUAGAAGCUUAUGACAUUCCCAAGUUCUAAA